AGAGAGAGAGAGAGAGAGAGAGAGAAAGGUUGGAUUAAAAAGGGUGCCAGAACUCCAAUCACUGCCGUUUUUUUACCUCCUGUUCCUCCUCCUCUGUCUCUCUCUGUCUUUUGGUGGCCAUCGGUCUUCAGUGGGUCUCUGCCAUUGCACUACAAUGACUGCUGUAGCUGUAGUGUCCGUGCUGUAAGCAUUCUGAGGUUAUGCUGCCCGAAAGUUCCCAGUUGAGUCUGAGUGAAAGAGAAAAGGGCUAAAGCCAACGCACUUUACACAACUACCCACAUCACUUACCAUACAUAAUGAGUGACCCUCAGGACGCCGGUGAUGUCACUUCUGCGUCAUGCUUGACUAGACAUUUGAAAAUGAAAGAAGACAUUGACUUCCACUGUAUGGACGCAAAACCACAGAGACAUUUCUCAAAAUAUCUUCUUUUGUGUUCCACAGAAGAAAGAGUCAUACACAGGUUUUUAACGACAUGAGAGUGAAUAAAAGAUGACAAAAUUGUUAUUUUUAGGUGAACUAUCCCUAUAAAUUAAGACCUAGUGGUAUGGAUGCAGAAUGGUUUAUAAGAAUACAAUGUAAGACAACAGUAUGUUGACAAGUUUCAGAUUAGAUCCUUUUAUGAGCCAUCUGCUUUUUGCUCUUGAUGGAGAAUCGCAUCCUCUCCUUCAUCUUCUCUGAGGUCUACCUAAUGUGUGGUUGUCAUGGUUACGGCUGCAGCUACCUUUGGGUGUGUUGUCUGCACAGUGACGCCUUAUUACUGCCUUCAUUCAAAAUCAAGUGAUGUUUAUCUCACUGAUGCCUAACGAAACAAAACAGAGUAUAGUCAUGAUCGACCUAUCUCUUGUGAGCGUCUGUAGGUGUGCUGACUCACUCUCUGCAUAGGUGGGACGAGCUACAGGAUGCGUAGCCUACGCGUGCCAAAAACUUGUCUUUGUAUGCAAGUUUAACCACAGAGGGCCUGUGUGUUUAUCCUCAGGAUAUCAUACCACAGACCGCAGGAGAGAAAACAAAAAGAGAGCAAAAGAAAGCUCACACUUAAACAUAUUGUUUUUAUACAUUUAAUACGUAUCCAGUCAAAUGCAGGUGCUCAGCUGGAGCAGGACCCCAUGGAAGUAUGCAGUUUAAAAACUGCUUUCUUUGCUCAAGAGAUCAAGGUUCUGCAUUCAAUUUAAGCUAAUGUAGAGCAGACAGACACAUUCCAUUUCAUAUAUUUAGAGCCCUUAGGAGAUUGUAAAACAUAUACUGUAAUAAAAAGCAAUACAUUUGUGUUUUAUAUGAUGCUUGUAAAAAAAAUUUAAUCCGAAUGCUUGGCUAUAGAGAAAAAUGCUUUUGUUUUAUUCCCAGAUGCAUAAAUAGAGAUGGUGUAGUUCUGGCAUCUACCAGCAGGGGCAAGCUGUACUGUGCAAACAAGUCAAAUCCCUUGUUUUCCACCAGCCCUACUUUUAACUAGGCUUAAAUAUAGUUAACUUUAUGACUUUUAUUUAUUUACGUAGCUUAGGUCUCGAGAUUUCAUUUGUAAAAUGGAAUUUUACAAUGUUUCAUGAUCAACCAAUGAGAAUGCAUGUCUGCUAUGUAUACUUGUUCCAUGUUUCUGCAUUAGAAAAAUGAAGAUUUUUUGUGAAAAAAAAUUGUGCAGCCUAUCGGAGUGCAAUCUCCUCCUCCGCCAUGUCAUGAUGAUGAUGAAGGGGACUUGAACAGGACUCUGGGAGUACAGCGCUUUCAGCAGAUCCUCAGCCCUGCCCAGCGUAUGCCCGAAGAACAACACCGCACCUUUAAUGAGGAGGACUUUGAGUACCACCGUCAUACCUCUCUACACAUUCAUCACCCUCUGUCCAAACACCUCCCCAGCGAGAGCCGGAGGAAAAAGCCUGGGAGGAAGCGGAGCACCGGACGGAUGAGGAGCUUGUCCACCGGUGCGGCUCCCCCUAUAGACGAGGAUGAUGAAGACGAAGGGGCAGAUGAAGAUUCCUGUAGCCAGCAGGAGAAAGAGGGCACUUCCACCACCACACCCACCCCGGAGACAGACACAGAGAUGAACAAUGAACAGUGUUUUGAAUCCAUUGAUGACCCCGACUCGAGCGUAAAGGAGAACAGGAAAGUCACACCGCAUCGAAAGCUGCCAAUCCUACCAAAUUCAGCACUUCACACGAGUAUCAACAUCCCAAGUGAUGCUGCACCAUCCCAGGGCAGAACUUCAGUACGUACUCUUCCCACUGGCAGGCGUGUGUCUGCUCCGUGUUUGUUUCCGAUGAGUUCACCGGAUGGAAGCUCCAAACAUGGCCGUAGCUAUGACCUGCAUGAGCGCCGCCGCACGGGCAACAUGACGGGCAAUGCGCUCUACCAACACAUGCCCACUGACGAGAGCGAGGCCAAGACACUCACUACCGUUGACCUUGAUGGCAUCAAGAGUCACAGGUUUGAAGAUGUUCCCGGUGUGCGGCGGCACCUGGUUACGAAGAGUGCUAAAGGUCAGGUGGUUCACAUCGGCAAGGACCACAAAGAGCUCAGCAGUCGCGUCAGGACUAAACUGGAUCGAACCCCUCAUGAGAGGAGAUCAUGGCCCUAUUACGUGGACCACAGAGUUCGUCGUGCCCGACAGGUGAAGGUGUUUGUAGAGCUGAAUGAGCUUCUGAUGGAUAAGAACCAGGAGAUGCAGUGGAGGGAAACGGCUCGUUGGAUAAAGUUUGAGGAGGACGUUGAGGAGGAGACGGACCGCUGGGGGAAACCUCACGUUGCUUCACUCUCAUUCCGCAGUCUCCUGGAGCUCCGAAGGACCAUUUCACAUGGUGCAGUGCUGUUGGACCUGGACCAGAAGACUCUACCUGGUAUUGCUCAUCAGGUUGUGGAGCAGAUGAUUAUCUCAGACCAGAUCAGAGCAAAAGACAGAGCCAAUGUGCUCAGAGCCCUGCUCCUCAAACACAGUCAUCCAAGCGACGGAAGGGAAAACAACUUGUUUCACCGAAACAUCUCAGCAACUAGUCUUGCCUCUCUGAUAUCUCCUCAUCAUAGCAAUAAUCAUAUUGCUACAUCAGAGCCUCCUGCCACAGACCCGCUCAUUGGAGGACAGCCUAACUUCAAUUCACGCAGUGUUGUUGAUCUAGAUAAGAACGAGAGAGAUGCACCUCAGUUUUUCGGUUUGCACAAGUCUAAAUCGAAGCUGCUUGAGAAGAUCCCAGAGGAUGCAGAAGCUACUGUUGUCCUAGUAGGUAGCGUGGACUUCCUGGAUCAGCCCACCAUGGCCUUUGUGAGGCUGCAGGAGGCGGUUUUAUUAGAGUCGGUUCUAGAAGUGCCAGUUCCAGUGCGCUUUCUUUUUGUGCUCCUCGGCCCACCCACUGCCAACAUUGACUACCACCAAAUUGGUCGUUCCAUAUCCACGCUCAUGUCUGAUAAACACUUUCACGAAGCGGCGUAUUCGGCAGAUGAACGGCAGGACCUGCUGACGGCCAUCAACAGUUUCCUGGACUGCAGUAUUGUGCUUCCGCCGUCUGAGGUGGGCGAUGAUGAACUGCUGCACUCUGUCGCUCGCUUUCAGAGAGAAAUGUUGCACAAAAGAAAUGAGCUAGAGGUCAAACUACAGGCCAAAGAACCCAAGAGCCCAGAGGAUAUUGCUCUUGAGCCGCCACUUAAAUCAGACGAUGAUCCUCUUCGGAGAAGGGGACAGCUGUUUGGUGGGGUUAUCCAAGACAUACGGCGCCGCUACCCUAAAUACAUCAGUGAUUUUACAGAUGCUUUAAGUCCUCAAUGCAUGGCCUCUGUCAUCUUCAUUUACUUCGCUGCGCUUUCUCCUGCCAUCACCUUUGGAGGACUGUUGGGUGAGAAGACAGGUGGUUUGAUAGGGGUGUCAGAGCUGAUCAUUUCCACUGCUGUGCAGGGAAUGUUGUUCUGUCUGCUAGGGGCUCAACCUCUGCUGGUGGUGGGCUUCUCUGGACCCCUUCUGGUGUUUGAGGAGUCCUACUAUUCCUUCUGCCAGUCCAAUGACAUCGACUACUUGACAGGCCGCGUGUGGAUUGGAUUCUGGUUGAUCAUCAUUGUGGUUCUCAUGGUGGCCUUUGAAGGAAGCUUCAUGGUGCGUUUUGUUUCACGCUUCACCCAGGAGAUCUUCUCCUUCCUCAUCUCGCUUAUCUUCAUAUAUGAGACCUUCUUCAAACUGGGCAAAAUCUUUAUGGAUCAUCCUCUCCAGAGCUGCUAUGGAAAAGAAGACAAUGACACUGCUUUAUCGUUACCCAAUGAUACCAGCACAUCUUCAGUCGCCCCUCAAACCCUAAACCAGCCAAACACAGCUCUCCUUUCCCUGGUGCUCAUGUCUGGAACCUUCUUCAUUGCCUAUUAUCUACGGAAAUUCAAGAACAGUGCUUUUUUCCCUGGCAGGCUCCGAAGGGUUAUUGGAGAUUUUGGUGUUCCUAUUGCAAUCUCCAUCAUGGUUCUGUUGGACCAAUGCAUAAAGGACACUUAUACACAGAAACUAAGUGUACCCGAUGGCUUCUCUGUGACCAGCCCGGACAAACGCGGUUGGUUUAUACACCCACUGGGAUCUGAUGGUCAAUUUCCCAUCUGGAUGAUGGCUGCCAGCAUUCUACCUGCCCUGCUGGUCUACAUCCUUAUUUUCAUGGAAACUCAGAUCACCACUCUUAUUGUGAGUAAGAAGGAGAGGAUGCUGGUUAAGGGUUCAGGCUUUCAUUUGGAUCUUCUGAUCAUCGUGACCGCCGGUGGGAUUUCGGCCUUGUUUGGACUGCCGUGGCUGACCGGUGCCACUGUACGGUCAGUGACCCACGCAAAUAGCCUAACCGUCAUGAGCAAAGCUGUCGCCCCUGGUGACAAACCACGCAUCCAGGAGGUGAAAGAGCAGAGAGUAACAGGAUUUCUGGUGGCUCUUUUUGUAGGCCUCUCCAUUGUGAUCGGAGACCUUUUGCGGCAAAUUCCUAUCGCUGUGCUGUUCGGCAUAUUCCUCUAUAUGGGAGUGAUGUCUCUCAAUGGGAUCCAGCUAUCAGAACGCAUGGCGCUGCUAUUUAUGCCUCCUAAGUACCACCCCGAUCACACUUAUGUCCGCAAGGUGCGAACUCUUCGCAUGCACCUGUUCACAUGCUUGCAGCUGGUGUGUCUGGCUGUGCUGUGGACUGUCAUGUCUACCGCGGCGUCAUUAGCCUUCCCAUUCGUCCUUCUCCUCACUGUUCCCUUCAGGAGGUUCCUGUUAGCCAGAAUAUUUACUCAACGUGAGAUACAAUGUCUUGAUGCAGAUGAAGGGGAGCCAUCAUUUGAUGAGAGGGAAGGCCAAGAUGAAUAUACAGAGAUGCAGAUGCCAGUAUGACCUCAUUCCUCUCUUUUCACUACUUGACCUGAUGUUCUUUUCAGGCAAUAGUGUUCGGAUGUACUACUUCAGUCAAUUUUGUCCCAUAAUUAAUGGAGAAAUGUAUUUAUAUAUGUAAACGCUUAUCAAAAUGUCACUUGUAUCUGUUAGAAAAUAUCUUUAUAUCACCUGUUUUUCUGUUUAUUUAUCGGAGUUGAAAUGUUGUUGUAAAAUGUACGUGUUGUGGAGGGAUAAAUGAAUGUAUGAGCCCCAGUCAGUUCAAGCAGGAAGCACUUUAAGGGAGAUUUAAAAUGAAGCCUUUUCUUCUUCUUAUUAACUUUAGGCAAGGCAUAACUUUUAGAAAUGAAAAUCUGUACAGAAGAACAUUAAUGCAUACGCAGUAUAUAUAUAUAUAUAUAUAUAUAUAUAUAUGUGUUUCAUAUUUUUAUAACUAAACAAAAAUAUUACACAGCUUUAUACUAUAUUCAGCUUUGUCAAAAAUAUAUGUAAGAAUUGUCACUAGAAAAAGAGUAUAAACUGCAGUUUAUUUGAAGAAAAUACAAUAAUCUAGUGUUGUCUCUGAACAUUGUCAACACAUGGCCAAAGAGGUCUGUUUAUGAAACACAAACACUAAGAGAAUCAUAGAUGAUUUCCAUAGGUACAAUAAUACAUGAAGAUACAAAAUAAAUGGAUUUUAUUUAUAUUUUACUGUUUGUAUGGUUUAGUUUUAUAGAACAUGUAGAAUAAAUGUGUUAUAUGAUUUAAAUUUAACCAGAUCACACUUGUAAAAUGGAAGACAUAUGUUGUUCAAUGCACUUGUGCUGUAUGUUUAUUUUUGUAAAGCAUAUUUCAGAAUGAAUGUUGAUAUUCAAGAAACUAUUCUCUUUUAAGUGGCAUUUUAGAAAUUGUGCAGGGCAUCAGGUGGAAUCAAGAAAUUCAGAAUGAGUGUUGAUUUGGUAUAAUAUUAGAAUCUUUUGUGUGCCUCAUUUACAUUCCAGCCAUCAAAAUGAUCUCAAGAUCUAUUUUUAUAAAGAAGAAACAAAUAAAUACAUCUUGUAUUUUAUAAUAAGUUUAACUGAUUAAAAACUGACAAGGAGUUUCAAAUUGUGCCUUUAUUACACAUUUUAAUGUAUAGUAUAUAUAACUUGGAUAAAUAAAGAGUCACCUUUUUGGCACAUUAAAAAGUGUUCAACAACAAAUAUUGUGAUAAACAUAAAACUGUAGAAUGUAAAUGAUGUGGACAUAUAUCUUUAUUUUAUCUCUGUAAAUAUUGUAAGUGCAGGCCCAAUAAAAUAACAUUUGAUUUUCA